AUGGACAAGAUUGACCUCUGUAUUGGUCGUUUCUCUUAUAGCCAGAGAUUAAUUGGUCCUUUACCUCCCAAUCUUGGCAGUGUGAGCCAAUAUUAUUAUCCUCCCGCUCGUCUGUCAGCAAAGAUUCGACAAGAACUUGCUGAAUGUUUUAGCAAUUAUAUAGACGACGAAGAGUUGAAGAAGAUGAAGAAGGUGUUGUUUGCGAUGGUGCUGAGAGAAGAAGGUGCCAUCAGCCGAAUCAUAGAGUCUCUGGUGAGUCUUUUGGCUCAAAUGACAAAUCAAAUGGGACUCUUGCAUGAGGAGAAAGUGGAGGCCAUUUUAGAUGCAUUUCUGUCGCCUCUCUUCAAAACCAAUGGUGACUAUGAUCCUCAUCGCUUUGACAACAAACUCUUUUGCACCCCCACACCUUCUUGA